CGGACAAAAAAAGCUUUCCCCAUCCAUUGAAUUUUUUCCAUAUUUGCAGAACCCGAAGAGUUGAGAGCUCACACUCUCUUGCUUUCUCACUCUCUUUCCAAGAAGAGAUUCUCUGCUUCUCUCUCUCUCUCGGGUGGAUCCACUUCUUCCAGAUCCAGGUGCCAAGGAAAGAAAGUUGGAAACUUUCUUGAAAUAUUUGUCUUCUUGAAAGGGUUUCAAAAAUGGAGGAGAUACAGUCUCAAUCAGAUCUCUACCGUUCAUCAUCUUCCUGUGCAAGUAGUCCCACAAGCAGAGUCCCAUCAAGUCACUUCUUCUACGUAAGGAAACCUGGUUCUCUCAGACAACCUAUAUCCUUCGAAGACUCUCCUGAAUGGGAUGAUACUGAUGUGAGAAUGGAGUAUGAAGCUGGUGGUGGUGGUGGUGGUGGAGAUUCUAUCAACGACGCCACAGCAACUCCCAUUUCGCCUUCUUUAUCGAAAAUCAACAGCGGCUCAAUGGCUUCUCCUCCUCCUGUGCCUGAAGGAGGAGGAGGUGGUGGUGGGGGAAAUGUCGUUAGAAAAAUCGCAGGUGCUUCUAUUGCUUGGAGAGAUUUGACUGUUACAAUGACAGGGAAGAGAAGAUACUCUGAUAAAGUGGUGAAGAGUUCGAAUGGUUAUGCGUUUCCCGGGACUAUGACUGUCAUCAUGGGUCCUGCCAAGUCAGGGAAGUCUACUCUCUUGAGGGCACUUGCAGGAAGGCUGCCUCCUUCAGCCAAAAUGUAUGGUGAAGUGUUUGUGAAUGGGUCAAAGUCACAUAUGCCUUACGGAUCUUACGGGUAUGUUGAGAGGGAGACGGAACUGAUUGGAUCGCUUACGGUACGUGAGUUUCUGUACUACUCAGCGCUGCUCCAGCUUCCAGGUUUCCUCUGCCAGAAAAGAGGCGUCGUGGAAGAUGCGAUUCAGGCCAUGUCUCUGAGUGAUUACGCCAACAAGUUGAUCGGUGGUCACUGUUACAUGAAGGGUCUCCGAAGUGGCGAAAGAAGACGUGUCUCUAUUGCUCGCGAGCUCGUGAUGCGACCUCAUAUCUUGUUCAUCGACGAGCCUCUUUAUCAUCUCGACAGUGUUUCGGCACUGCUUAUGAUGGUGACGCUUAAAAAGCUCGCGAGUAUGGGAUGCACACUUGUGUUCACCAUCUAUCAGAGCAGCACCGAAGUGUUUGGUUUGUUUGAUAGAAUCUGUCUCUUAUCAAAUGGAAACACUCUCUUCUUUGGAGAGACGCUUGCUUGCUUACAGCACUUUUCAAAUGCUGGAUUCCCAUGCCCUAUAAUGCAAAGUCCAUCAGAUCAUUUCUUGAGGGCUAUAAACACAGAUUUCGAUAGGAUUAUUGCAAUGUGCAAAAACUGGCAGGACGAUAACGGUGACUUUUCAGCAGUGAAUAUGGAUACUGCUGUGGCUAUUCGCACUCUUGAGGCGACUUAUAAAUCAUCUGAAGAUGCUGCUUCGGUUGAGACUAUGAUCUUCAAACUUACGGAAAGGGAAGGCACACAGCUUAAAUCCAAGGGAAAAGCUGGUGCUGCUACACGUGUUGCAGUGCUGACUUGGAGAUCGCUUUUGGUUAUGUCUAGGGAAUGGAAAUACUAUUGGCUCCGACUUAUCCUCUACAUGAUUCUUACACUCUGUAUUGGCACUUUGUAUUCUGGCUUGGGACACUCUUUGUCUUCUGUUGCAACAAGAGUUUCUGCAGUGUUCGUUUUUGUCUCCUUUGCCUCACUUUUGGGGAUUGCUGGAAUACCUUCGCUUUUGAAAGAGAUCAAGAUUUAUGGAAGUGAAGCAUCGAACCAGCAUUCGGGUGCUUUCGUCUUCCUACUAGGGCAGUUCCUGGGAAGCAUACCCUUCUUGUUUCUCAUGUCCAUUUCCUCAAGUCUUGUCUUCUACUUCAUGGUCGGACUGAGAGACGAUUUCAGCUUGUUGAUGUACUUUGUCCUCAACUUCUUCAUGUGCCUACUGGUCAAUGAAGGGUUGAUGCUCUUCAUCGCUUGCAUUUGGCGUGAUGUUUACUGGAGCACUUUGACUCUCAUCUCUCUACACGUGAUCAUGAUGCUCGCUGCAGGUCACUUCAGGAUCCGUAACGCUUUGCCAAAACCCAUCUGGACUUACCCGUUGGCUUACAUCUCAUUCCACACUUACUCCAUUGAGGGUCUUUUGGAGAACGAGUACCUAGGGGAAGUGUUUGCGGUUGGAGAAGUGAGGAGUAUAUCGGGUUACGAAGCAAUUCGAGGAAACUACCAGAUAUCUCCAGACACGAGCUCCAAAUGGAGGAACAUGCUUGUCUUGUUGGCUAUGGCUUUUGGCUACCGUCUUAUUGUUUAUGUUUUGUUACGUUUUGGUCUUAACAAGAAUGUGUCUGCUCGUUUGCUGCUUUGUCAUAGAAAGGAUAACAGUUCUAGGUAGAUGGUUGAUGAUUUCGAGAUAAUAAUGUUUACGUUUGUCUUUUUUUUUUUGUAGUUGAAAGUAAAAACAAUUAUAAUU